GAGAGAGAGAGAGAGAGAGAGAGAGAGAGAGAGAGAGAGAGAGAGAGAGAGAGAGAGAGAGAGAGAGAGAGACCAUAGUUGAAUAUGGACAAAUGACUGGGACUGCCCACUCCUGGGAUCAUCUGCUGGGAUUAUAACACUGUUUGUUUUGCUUUGCAACUUUAGUUUGCUUCUGUUUUUGCACGUUGGAUACCAACUCCUAGUUCAGUAGCGUCCUGCAUCCAGGCGGCCCUCGAUCCGUUCUGCUCUAGCUCCGUCCCGCAGGGCCAGGGGAAGGUCUGGACUCUGCUUUGGGAGGAAUUGAGUUUUUUCAGAUCGACUUGGAAGAAUCCAAGCUUGCCAUCUCCUAUUUAGGGAAUAAAAGGAGGGGAAAGAAAAAGAGAGGAGGGGAAAACUUGUUUAUCUUGGCUGCUCUUUGGUGAGCUGAAAGCACAGUGAGUAAGGAACUGGUCCCCGGUCAGGGUUGACAUCAGCAUCUGUUUGACUUUAUAUGAAUAGGCCUCCUAAGAGGUCCUCUGUCAGCGCGGUCAUGCGAGGCUCGCUGGCCUUAUGAAGGGCUGCUAACAGGCGGGGACUCUUUACCUUUUUAGGUGGUUGUCACACAAACUGUACAACAUACACUAAUAUACGCACGCACAAGCACAUCUUGGAUUCCCUGUUUUGCAGCCCCGAGCCGCCUUUGGACACAUCCCGAGGUAGAUAUCAAACACGGCUCCAGCGAGGGAAUCUCUGGUCGUCCUCCGCUCUCUGCGUCACCUCACGUGGAACUGUCCAUUUUAUUUUCUUAUCAUGAGCAGAUAACAUUUUUUCCUCUCCACGAGAGAGUGGUCAGAGGUGGCUGAGGAGGCCUCGGACUGAUUGUGGAGUUAAAUUGUAUUUCCAUACGACUGCUUUGCAUUUGCUUCUCCUUGGACCUGCCUUCCCUACAUGGUCUUCGGGAGGAAACCUGCCUCCUAACCCCACUGUCUUGAGAGAAGUGUGAAGGCACCGGACAAUUCCAUCUAAGACUCGGAAACCGCCAUGGCAUACGGAUCACACCAAAAUUCCUUGACCAGACACGACCGGAUUUUCCGCCUCCUUUGCUGCCCGAAGCCCUUUUAGCCUCUGAAUGUGUGCACGAUUUCCUGAGAACUGUUCCUCAACCCAGUGAGCACCAUGAUGAACAAAGACUCCCGCUUUGCACGGAAGACACAUGGCAACUUCUCCAACCGCCGCCACUCCUGCAUUGGUUUUGAUGUGGAGAAUGGGCUCUCGCCGGGACGCAGCCCCCUGGACCCCCAGGCCAGCCCCGGCUCCGGGCUGGUCAUCCAGGCCAACUUCCCCCACAGCCAGCGGCGCGAGUCCUUCCUUUACCGCUCCGACUCGGACUUUGACCUGUCCCCUAAGGUCCCGUCGAGGAACUCCUCUACAGCCAGCGACCUGGAAGAGAGCUUGAAGCACUGGGAGGUCAACUGGUUGUCUACUCGACACACAGAAGACAUGAUUGUGACCCCAUUUGCACAGAUCCUGGCCAGCCUCAGGACGGUGAGGAGCAACUUUGCACUAAUCACCGGACAGCAGGACCGCUCGGCCAGCAAAGCACGGUCAUCAGGAAGCAACCUGCCAUCUAUGUGCAAGACCAGCCUGGCUGAGGAGCCUCAUCAACAGCUGGCCAUCGAGACCCUAGAUGAGUUGGACUGGUGUCUGGAGCAGCUGGAGACCCUGAAAACCCGGCACUCUGUCAGCGAGAUGGCUUCCAAUAAGUUCAAGAGGAUGCUGAACCGGGAGCUCACCCAGCUGUCAGAGACCAGUCGCUCUGGGAACCAGGUGUCGGAGUUCAUCUCCAGCACCUUCCUCGAGAAGCAGCACGACAUGGACAUCAUGUCCCCGCCCGCUAAGGAGAAGGACAAGAAGAAGCGGCCCAUGUCCCAGAUCAGCGGGGUGAAGAAGCCCACCCACAGCCCUGCCGUGGCCCCCACCACCAUCCCCCGCUUCGGCGUCAGCUGCGUCCAGGAGGGGCUCCUCGCCAAGGAACUGGAGGAUGUGAACAGAUGGGGUGUGGACAUCUUCAAGGUGUCUCAGUUCUCAGGAAACCGGCCCCUGACUGUGACCAUGUACUCUGUCUUCCAGGAGCGUGAGCUGCUCAAGUCGUUCAAGAUCCCUGCGGACACGUUCAUCACCUUCGUGAUGACCCUUGAGGACCACUACCACGCUGACGUGGCGUACCACAACAACAUCCACGCCGCCGACGUGGUGCAGUCCACCCACGUGCUGCUGUCCACGCCCGCCCUGGAGUCAGUGUUUACUGAUCUGGAGAUCCUGGCUGCUCUGUUUGCGAGCGCCAUCCAUGAUGUGGAUCAUCCUGGAGUCUCCAAUCAAUUCCUCAUCAACACAAACUCGGAGCUGGCCCUGAUGUACAACGACGUCUCGGUGCUGGAGAACCACCACCUGGCCGUGGGCUUCAAGCUGCUGCAGGAGGACAACUGUGACAUCUUCCAGAACCUCAGCAAGAAGCAGCGCCAGUCGCUGCGCAAGAUGGUCAUCGACAUGGUGCUCGCCACAGACAUGUCCAAACACAUGAACCUCCUGGCCGACCUCAAGACCAUGGUGGAAACAAAGAAGGUGACCAGUCUGGGGGUGCUGCUGCUGGACAACUACUCGGACCGCAUACAGGUGCUGCAGAACAUGGUGCACUGUGCGGACCUGAGUAACCCCACCAAGCCUCUGGAGCUGUACCGGCAGUGGACGGACCGCAUCAUGGUGGAGUUCUUCACACAGGGCGACCGUGAGAGGGACAAAGGCAUGGAGAUCAGCCCCAUGUGCGACAAACACAACGCGUCCAUCGAGAAGAACCAGGUGGGCUUCAUCGACUACAUCGUCCACCCGCUGUGGGAGACGUGGGCCGACCUGGUGCACCCCGACGCCCAGGACAUCCUGGACACGCUGGAGGACAACCGCGAGUGGUACCAGAGCAUGAUCCCCCACAGCCCCUCGCCGGACCCCCAGAGCCUGGAGAGGGAGCCCGGCCUCCCCCAGGCCGGGGCCUCCGCCCUCCCCGGCCUGUCCGGCCUGGCCUCCGUGGAAAAGUUCCAGUUCGAGCUGACGCUGGAGGAGGAGGAGGGGGAGUCGGACACAGAGAGCCCACUGGGGGAGGAGGAGGAAGAGGAGGAGGGGGAGGAGGAGGAGGAGGAGAAGGAAGAGGAGGAGGAGGAGGAGCAGGGAUGCAGGGGAAGGGGAGCCCCGGUGCGCUCCAGGACGGGGUCGGGCAGAGGCGGCAGGCUGGCCCCCCAGCUGCCCCGCAGGACGUUGACCUCGGACUCUGAGAGGGGGCUGGCGGAGGAGGGGGGCGCGGAGCGGGAGGGGGCACCCCUCUUCAGGCUCGGAUCGUAGCACCCGACCCCGGAGCCGUUGGAUUCUUCUGCUCCUUAGUUUGUUUUUGUUUCGCUCUUUUCAGUGCCUCACCCUCCUUCUCCCCCCCCGAUGCCCCUUCAACUCCCACGACCCCCCCCCCCCCACCCACCCACCCACCCACCGACUCCCCCGCACAUACACACACACACACUCACCUCAAACCCUAACCUUGUUGGUUGAGGGUGGACUUGGGACUAUGGUGAGACAGGGGACUGCCUGCACAUGCUCAGCGAGGAUGGUGGGAGUUCAGGAAGUGUGCUUAGUUGUACACAAGCGGUCACUUGCACUGGAGAGCGAGAGAGACGCAGGAGACGCGGAGACGAGGAGUUCACUGUUCCCCCACACCACUUCCAGGCCAUGAUAACAGGAAGCUGUGUUUCUGGCUGCUCGUUUGUUGAAGUUAUUUGAGUCAGUUUGGUGUGGGUACGGUAUUUGUUCUUCAAAGACGUUCAGAGGAGAACAAAAACAGAACUUUUAUUUUUUCUUCAACUCAAGGUCUACUACAACAAAUGAAUUGUCUUCCUCCUUUUGGACUAUUUGUGACUUUUAUGAAGAGCGUGUGACGAGCGGGAACGACAAGAUGAAACCACAACAAAAUAAACUGUGCCAAACUGUGCAAUAUACAGGGGACUAUGCCGCUUCAAUGUCAUCUGUCAUCUUUUAUUGUGUUAACAAUUGUAUCUUUUAUUUAGGACCAGCAACAGUUACAGCGAAUAGUAAACAACCACGAUUUUUUUUUUUGGCAUACGUCAAUGGAGAAUGAGCAAAGAUGCAACAGAUCAGAGGGGACAGAGAACAUCUCUGGAGAGAUCUUUGAAGGAGAUGGUUCUCAUGUAGCUGACUGACCCUAUCAGUAACAUUGUAUACUUCACAUAGUUCACAUGAUAUUUCUCAGCAAUGGGUAGUACAAUAGCCUCACCCUUGUUUGAGGAAGAGGUCCGUUUGAAUUAGACUGCAAUUUGAUUGCUGGCAAUACAUAUACUUUUUUUUGUGUGCAUAUAGAUUGUCUUUUUUUCUCUCUUGUUUAAACCUGACCUUGGCUUUUACAUUGACAACUGCUACUUGUGCGACGCUCACUUGGUGCCUCCUAGUGGUUGGCAGGUGGCACUGAAGUUGAGCAGGAGGUGGAGAAAAGUUCUCGCUUUAUAUUUUUCGUAUGAAAACGAAUACAAUUAAAACAUGAUGUUUUUGCUGUAGGGCUUCCCAAUAUACCCGUUUCUAAAUUAUAAUUUAAAGGUUGUUUUUUAAGAGGGUUUCAUAGCUCGGUUAAGAUGUGUAUGUUAUGUUUGCCACCUUCUCUCUUUUAUGACCUUCUCUCUUAUAUCUUCUUCAGUUUUAGCACUUUAGCCAAGCCACCUUCCUCUCCAGAUAUGUUGGACGUAUUCAUUUCCUUAUGAUUUGUCAUUGGCUGCCAUGACGCUGGCUUGGAAAGAGGAGGGAGACAGAAUUUAUUUUAAAUAAAGGUUUCUUAUACUACAAUAAGUGCUUUAGUACUGCUAAUGAUGCAGGGUAAAUAUUUACACCAAGGACUGACUAUGUCACAGUUAUAUCAGAAUUGUCAUUAUUUUUACUCAGGUACAGCUGUCAUCAAUACACACAUUUGUGAAUGAUUGGUUAUUAAUUAUUGGAGUAGACACAAUGAUAUACCUGGUGUGUGAUUCAUGCACUGAGAGCCUAGAUUUGUUAUAGACCUUCAAGACAUUUUCAUUUUUCUUACCGUAAAUCUAAGAAGGUAAUUUUUUGGUAUUUUUAAUUUGUCAAUAUUUUGAUCUCCUAAAAUAGCCAAUGACAAUGAAGUGCCAAGCAUAACAACACGUACUGUAAUUUCCAUUCUGCCAGUGGCUACUUUCCGUCCAUGGCUUGAUGAAGUCGGACGAUUGUAGCUCUCCGUGUGCCAAUUCACCCCAGAGAUUAUUUCACCCCCCCCCCCCCCCUACUCAAAGCCCAUUGUCCGGACUGAGAACGAAAAUGGUCUUAAAAAGAUUGGUGUUUGUUUGAGUGAGCGUAUGUGCGAGUGAGUGACUUUCAAUGUAUUUGCUAAGAAAAACCAAAGCACUUUGUAUGGUACUUUUUACAGUUCUGCACUCAGUACCUGUGACAGUGUGUAAUGUGACUGUUUCACAGUAUUCAGGUUUUAUUUCGUUUUAUUAUUAUUAUUAUUAUUUUAUUUCUUUCUGCAUAGCUUUGGCGCCAUGCCGGCUAAAUGGGUGGGACAACACCAGCUCCCUGCAAGGUUUUUGUUUUUCUUAUUAUUAUAUUUUCUCUGAAUAACUGCAAAAGAAAUGAUUUGGGUAUAAUGCAUGACAAUGGCUGCAGGAGCCAAAGACCAUGAAGGGUUUUUUGUAGUUAUUACAAAAAUAUAUACACGCACACUUUGGCGAAUUGUUACAUUUCCACACUGUUCUGACCUGUGCCACUCUCCACUCUGUAGCGAUAAGAGAACCAAACUGAGACACCCUCAAGGAUGCCUUCUGUAACAGCACGACCAGCCUCAGACAGCAACACUAACUCAAACUCUGUCUGUCAGUCAUGCAGUGGUUCAUGUUGUACGUUGUUUCCUCUCAGUGCUUCAUGUUCAUGUAAUUUAUAAUUUAUGUCUAUUUUAUCCGUCAGAGACUCUGAAGUAAGAUAGUUUGUCUUGGGCCCAAGCCUACUUCUUCUCAAGCUAACCAGGAGAACAAAAACAAAGGACAGAUUUAAACUACUGCUUCAUUUCUUAGUUUUAUUUAUUUAUGACUGGUAGUUACUAUAUGAGCAAAAUUACUAGGACCGUCAGGUGUUUUAUUCUUCCAUAGCUCACUAACAAAAUACUACUCCGGCUUUGCUGAAACUUCAGUCUGUUCUUUCUGUAUAUCCAGAUCUGGACGUCAGACAUGUCUAUUCCAGAAGGUUCUCACAGUAAAAGAGCCAUGAUUGGUUUGGUGAAGUAAAGCUAAUAACAGGUUGAAUGACCUGACCAGUGAUCACAGAUCAGUCUUUCUUUUUCUAUGAUUUUUAUUCAUAACAGCCAACAUUUAAAUGAAUCUGCAGCCAUGACAAUCAAGACACUGCUGUAUUUCUAUAGUGUGUUAGCUUUCUCUUUGACUGUAAUUGUAUAUAUGCCUGAGUGUCCACCCUGCUAAUAAAGGAAAAAAAACGCAUCUA